CUAUUGUGAUUUUACACCUGUUCAUUACUUUGUUUAGGCAUUGGUGAACUCGCAACAGACUCGUGAACCGUGUAUGAUGAACCAGAAAAAACCACUUGGUGAAAUUUCUCAGAGUCUUGAGCAAGUUGCUGUAAAGGAAACCAUAGCAAAGAACACCAAUAUGGCAGCUUCAUCAAUUCUUUCUGAAUCCGCCAGCUCUCAGUUGGACUCAAAAGUUACUUUCCAAAGUAAAUCAAUUCCACAUAGUGAAAUUAAGAGCAGCCAAAUUGAGGCGAACAUUGCUAAAGAAAGUGAAGGUCAUCAUAAACUCAUUGAAGACUCUGGGGGCAAUGAUAUGAUACCAAUUGCUUUGGGGAAAGAGGGUGAAGAUAAUCUAGUUCUAAAGACCCUUGUUGAGUUGGAAAAGUAUCUGAAGAUGUCUCUCAAGGACAUAGUUAGUUCUGAGACUAACACUCUCCAUCUUUUUUCUACUCUUAAUUUUCUGUCCAACCUUCCUUUCAAAGAUGUGACUCUAUCAGAUGGACUCAAACAUAUUAUAGAGACUAUGCACCAACACUUCCCAACCAUUCUAUGCUCCUUUAAGCAAUGCUUUGCUACCAUUGACAAGUUGGCAGAACUUGAAGCUCGUCAGAGUGAGGUGGUGACUAAAAUUUCUGAGGCAGAGAAUUUCAAUAAUGAAGCUCGACUGAAGGAAGUGGUUUUGAAGGAACAAAUCAUUAGGUUGAAGGAAGAAAUAAAAGUUUGUGAGGCUGCCUUAUCAUCUCUAGAUGAGGGAAAAAAUAAAUGCAUUGUGGAAACUAUAAGGUACAAAAAAGAGUUUGAAAAUGUGAGAAAAAACAAAUCUCAAAUGGUGGAAGAUCAAAGAAAAUUCGAGCAAGAAUUGUUUGAAGUGGCUUAUAAAUGGUCAGCUUUGUGUAGUGAAUAUGAGCUAAAUUGGAUGGCUGUAAGAAGUCCCUCGUGAGGGUUUUCGUUGUUCAUUGUUUUUAAGACUUCCAA